UUCUGAAUUUUCUCCAACUGUUUGCCUGGCCUCUUUCCAGCUCUCAGCAUUUUACUUUUGGUCAAAGCAAAUGUCCAAAGUCCUCGAAAAUUGUUUAAGUGUUUAAAGCGCAAACCUUUUGAAUGUCCCGCCAGCGGAGUCGUCGCCCGGCGGCGGAAAUAGUUCGGGAAUUGCGGCGCCUAAGGGCCACGCCCCUGCGAAUCGACGACGAGGAUGAGUCCUGGGCCGAGGGACACGAGCGGAGACCCGCUCCGGAUGUGCCGCUGUCCAGUUGCCGGGAGUUGGAGCAACUGCGCCUAAGUCGCCACCGGAUCGGGCUGCUCCUGGUGCGGCCCGCCUUCGAACAGGCAGUCACGGGAUGCUUUGUCCGGGUGAAUAUCAACGGGCGGGAGGAGCUGCCCGACUAUCGGAUCGCCGAGGUGCUGGGCCUGGGCGAACUAGACCUUGGCUACCAGCUCGAGGAGGUGCCCACGAACGUGGCCCUGAGACUGCGCUACGAGGAUCUGGUGGUGCUGCACGAGAUCGGCGACAUCUCGAACUUGGCCUUCACCCAGGAGGAGUUCGAGUGGUGGCGCGACAACUGCGUCAGCCAGGCCAUCAGUCCGCCCACCACCCACACGGUGGCCCGCAAGAAGGUCGAGCUGUACAAUGCGCUGCAGGGCGAGGCCAGGGCACUGGCCACCAUCCGGCGGGGCGUCACCUUCAAGCUGCGGCCGCCGCACAAGAGCGGGAUCAUGGAGCGGCAUGGCGGCGUCUAUCCCUGGCGGCUGCAGCACCCCCUUCCCUUGAUACCGCCCCCGCCGCCCAUGCCGCCGCCGGCGAAUCCGCCCCGGGGUCUCACAUACCGCCGAAAAACGGACUCCUUGGCAGGGGAACAGGUGGAUUCGGUGGCAGAAACCCUAUCAUCACUAGAACCCAAUCAGAACGACAGUUUAGCUGAAUCAUAAACCAUUUGGCCUACAAACAAGAACAAGUUCAAAGCAAUUCACAGAACUCCGUUUUGGGUCAUCGCUCCGCAAGACAUUGAAAUUGUGAUAAAGCCAACUUAAAAAUGGCUUCGAUUGAUACAUU